AUGCUAACAAUUGUAGACAAAUACUUACGUUUUCCAUUUGCUUAUCCUGUGAAAGAUAUGACAACUCAGACAAUAAUAAACUGUUUAGCUGAUCUUUUUUCCAUGUUUGGUAUGCCUAGCUAUGUCAUUCGGUCCUCAUUAAUGUCUUCUGAAUUAAAGCACUGGUUCUUAUCAAAAGGGAUCGCAACUAGUAGAACAACCCCUUACAAUCCGAGUGGAAAUGGGCAAGUUGAAAGAUACAAUGGAAUUAUUUGGAAGGCGAUAUUACUUACUCUGAAAUCUCGAAAUCUGCCUGUAUCAUCAUGGAAAAGAGUUUUACCUGAUGCACUUCAUGCUACAAGAUCUCUAUUAUGUACUUCUACUAAUUGUAGUCCACAUGACCGUUUUUUUAAUUUUCAAAGAAGAUCAUCAUCUGGGUCUUCAAUUCCUUCAUGGCUUGUUAACCCUUGA